AUGGCGUCGGGAUCCAGCCUGGCGGAUGUCCUCCGCCUCCCAAAGCUUGGCCACAAGAAGUCCAUGUUCGGCUGCCAGCGGUGCCGGAAGCGGAGAGUCAAGUGCAACGAGGCCAAGCCCAUCUGCCACAACUGCGAGCGCCACCAGCUGCCCUGCGUGUACGACCGCGCGGCAGGUGGAUUGCGCUCCCCACAGUCAUCAUCAUCAUCAUCAUCAUUCCUGCAGGGGACGCACUCGCGGCAGAGCCAGGAGCGCGAGGAGCAGAGCUACCUCGCCGGCGCCCUCGAGGGGGACGACCCGCCCGAUGGUCGCACGCGGAGAUUGCUGGAGGUGAGGCUGAUGCACCAGUACGUCACCGACACGAGCAUCUCCAUCGCCGUCGACGAGGUCUCGCGAGGGAUCUUCGUCGAGGCGAUCCCGAAGCACGCCUUCGAAUCUGAUGCCAUGCUCUACGGCAUGUACAGCAUGGCGGCACUGCACCUGGCGAUUAAGGGCGGCGAGGACAGCCCCGUGUUCAGGGAGGCCGCCCGAAAGUACUUUUCCAUGGCGAUCCGUGAGCACAACAAAGAGAUCUCCCAGCUCACUAAGGAGACCGUCGAGCUGGUGUGUCUGACGUCGAACCUGAUGCGGAACUGCGCCUUCAUCCAGUUGCAGGGCCGCGACCGGCAUCCGUACACGCCGCCGUGGCAGUAUUUGGUGGUGGCUAGGACGUCCACUGCGACCUUCACGGCGGCCUGGAAGCUGGGAGGGGCGGACCCGGGCUCGGCCAUCUUCAGGUUAUUGAAGUUCACGUACCACAUCCACCACGGGAUGGAGGGCGUUUCCGCGGAACACAAAUCCACGCGGCUGGAUUACAUCCUGGAGCGCAGCGAGAGCCACAUGGCCGCCGAGUCGUGGGACGCCGACAUCCAGGCCGCGUACGAGAGCACGCUCAACUACCUGGGCAGCGUCAUCGACGCGUCCGAGGGCGACCAGCCGCCGAACGAUAUCCAGAGGCGGCUGACCGCGUUUCCUAUGCUGGUGGAGCGGCGGUACGUCGAGCUAGUCCAUGCGGGGUGCCCCAGGGCUCUGGUCAUACUGGCACACUACUUUGCCAUGCUGUCGAGGUACGAGUACCGCUGGUGGGUUGGGGACACGCCGGUCAGUGAGGUCCGGGCUAUCGGCGAUACCCUGGCUGCGGACUGGCAGGAUCUGAUGAAAUGGCCCCUGGAGACAAUAGAACACAGUGAACACUGA